GCGCGCCGAGCAGCCUGCGCCCGAGCCGGCACCAUGGUGCUGUCGGUGCCGGUGAUCGCGCUGGGCGCCACGCUGGGCACGGCCACCAGCAUCCUCGCGCUCUGCGGGGUCACCUGCUUGUGCCGCCACAUGCACCCCAAGAAGGGGCUGCUGCCGCGCGACCGAGACCCCGACCCCGAGAAGGCAAAGCCUGGCGUCCUCCGACCUGCCCAACAGUUCAACGUUAAAAAGUCCACGGAACCUGUCCAGCCCCGAGCCCUCCUCAAGUUCCCAGACAUCUAUGGACCCAAGCCAGCGGUGACGGCCCCAGAGGUCAUCAACUAUGCAGACUACACCCUGAGGACCACAGAGGAGCCCCCAGCGCCGGCCAGCCCCCAGGCCCCAAAUGACAGCCGCCUCAAGAGGCAGGUCACAGAGGAGCUGUUCAUCCUGCCGCAGAACGGUGUGGUGGAGGAUGUCUGUGUCAUGGAGACCUGGAACCCAGAGAAGGCUGCCAGUUGGAACCAGGCCCCCAAACUCCACUACUGCCUGGACUACGACCUGCAGAAGGCUGAGCUGUUUGUGACCCGCCUGGAAGCUGUGACCAGUGACCACGACGGAGGCUGUGACUGCUAUGUCCAGGGCAGUGUGGCCAGCAGGAUGGGCUCUGUGGAGGCUCAGACGGCUCUUAAGAAGCGACAGCUGCACACGACCUGGGAGGAAAGCCUGGUGCUCCCCCUGGCGGAGGAGGAACUCCCCACGGCCACGCUGACACUGACCCUGCGUACCUGUGACCGCUUCUCCCGCCACAGUGUGGCCGGCGAGCUCUGUCUGGGGCUGGAUGGGGUGUCCGUUCCCCUGGGCACUGCCCAGUGGGGUGAGCUAAAGACUUCAGCCAAGGAGCUGUCUGCAGGAACCGGAGAAGUCCUUCUGUCCAUCAGCUACCUCCCGGCUGCCAACCGCCUCCUGGUGGUGCUGAUCAAGGCCAAGAACCUUCACUCGAGUCAGUCUAAGGAGCUCCUGGGGAAGGAUGUCUCUGUCAAGGUGACCUUGAAGCACAAGUCUCAGAAGCUGAAGAAGAAGCAGACGAAACGGGCCAAGCACAAGAUCAACCCUGUGUGGAAUGAGAUGAUCAUGUUUGAGCUUCCUGAUGACCUGCUGCGAGCCUCCAGUGUGGAGCUGGAGGUGCUGGGCCAGGACGAGGAGGGCCAGAGCUGUGUCCUUGGUCACUGCAGCCUGGGCCUGCAUGCCUCGGGCUCUGAGCGCAGCCACUGGGAGGAGAUGCUCAAGAACCCACGUCGGCAGAUCGCCAUGUGGCACCAACUGCGCCUGUAGAGGGCUGCCCGCCAGGCGCCUCCCAUCUCCAGCCCUGUCUGUCCCUUCAGCCCCAGCUGUCCCUUGCCUCCUCCUCCUCCUGGACCCCCUCCUCAUUCUGACUCCCUGAAGACUGGGGCAGAUGUGUUUGCAA